CUCAUAUUGAUGUGGAGGGCAACGAGAAAGCAGAUUUGACUGCAAAUAAUGCGCUGAAAUUAAAGGACGAGGAAAUAAUGAAAGUCCCCUUUAGUAAAGUUGGGGCCAAAUCAUUAAUAAAAACGGCAGUGAGAGAAUCAUGGCAGAAAAAGUGGGACACAGAUAGCAAAGGGAGACACUAUUAUAAUAUUCAGAAUUCGAUUACUGUCAAGGCUUUUAAAGGAAAAUGCAGAAGAGAAGAAGUGAUUAUAUCAAGAUUAAGACUUGGACAUACCAGCCUAAAAUCAACCCUGUUAUUAAUGGGAAAAUGCAUAUCAGAUAAAUGUGAUGCCUGUAAUGUUCCUGAAAAUGUGGUGUAAUCACAAUGUGGUGUAAAAAAUAUAAUUCAGGAAGGAGCAACUUGGGAGAGAAGAUGUAUGAGUUGGAACAGGAAUGGAGUUUGAAGGGGGUUUUGGGAAUGGGAUGAGAAAAUGUGGGCAUGUAGUAAGGCUCUCCUUCAUUUUCAUUUUAUUUUAUUUUUUCUAUUAAGCAUAUGAAGCCCUGAAGUUGCACACCCCGGUAGGUGGCGGUGUGCACCUGAAAACCCAGAGAGAGAAGAAUCACAGCCAGUGCUCAGGUAUACAGGUGAGCGACUCGGUCAGACCGGAACAGCGCAGCAGUCACGUCUUUGAGAGAGACCUGUUACACAGAGGAACCAAAACACUCCUGAAAACUGUAAGAAUCUGCUCUAUAUUUUGUUAAACAUGGUUUAUAAGGUUGAAAGUGGCAUUAUUUAUUCAGAAGUAAACUCAGGUGUUUGACUGGUAAAGUUUCACAGUCGGAUUUUUCUGUCUUCAACAGCUUUCUCUUUGUGGGCUGAGAAAGGUUAAAACAUGGCCUCAGGGUCAGACAGUCAGAGGGUCAUGGUGUUCCUCAUCCUGAUGUUCUGCUGUCUCGGGGUUUCUACUGCUGGCGUUUUUACUGCAUUUGUUGGACAGUGUGUAGAGCUGUGCUGUUUUGGGACGCAGACCACCACCAUCUCUUGUUUCAGGGGUGUGGAAGAAAUUUGUGAAAUAACUGGCAGUACGUUGGAUAGGAAGUCGUCUUACACAGGAGAAGUUGUUCUCAAGAGCACCUGUCUACAGAUUUGUAACCUCACCGAGGAGUACAAUGUCUUCUACGAGUGUUCCCAACUGAUCGAGAAGAAAAAACCCCUCUGCAACCUUAGCCUCACAGUUUCCAAGCCUGACGCCUUUGCUACACCGUCUCUGAUCAGAGACACCGCCAGCAUUGAUAACACCAGCAGCACCACCAACUCCACCCGGGGAGCUGAUGAUGAAGAUUGGAGUAAAAAGCCAGAGAUCAUCAUCAUCGUUGUGUUAUUUGCUGCUGUAGUCCUGAUUCUUGUGUUAUAUCUGAUGAGAAAACGUAUAAACCUGGGAUUUUGUCAUUCCUGGAGAUCAAAUGGAAAGUGUGAUUUACGUAAAGACAUUGAGUUGGAGGAAGGACUGAGAGAGAAUCCUGAGAACGGAAAUGACUUAAACAACAGCAUGCCCAGCACCCCUAUGUUGAAUCAGGGGCUUGGACAAGUAACCAUAACCCCAAGGAGUAACCAAAUUGAGGUGACUGAACAGCUGUGAUGGGCCGAAACCAAAAGUAUUUCAUCCGUGUGAAGGAGCAACGCGAUGAUGAUUCUGUUUACGUUUCUGUAUGCUGUCUCUGGCCUCUGUAUAGUCUAGCACACACUCUGGCCCUGUUAGCUGGGUAGUGUUCACAGCUCUAGGUUUGAGCCUACCUACUGAAAGCUUACUGAAACAAGCGAGAGUGUUGGAAUUUGCUCAAAUUUGUCCUGAAAUGUGAAUCUGACUACAUUACUCUUCUUCAUGGCUGCAUGCCAUCGUUUUUGUACCUCAUGUCUCAGGGUGUCUGCAGGUCCAUAAAAGAAGAUGGCCUACUUAGCAC